AUGUCCGGCAAUCCCUGGGGAGUGGCCGCAGCUCCGCGCCUUCAUGCGGCCGUUUUUGCGCACACAAGCGGCAUUUCUCGAUUCUAUCGCCCAGUUCCGUGUCGUUCGGACUGCGAUUCGGCCCGUGGCGGACGCGCAGUCGCGGCACCGGCGAAACGUCUGUUCGCUUCCCACAGGAGGCACUUCGCGGUUUCCGCAAACUCCAUCGCGCCUACGCGCCUCCAACCAGCCUCGUUCGCUUCCCUAGACAUGUGGUGGCCGUCUAUAUUGGCCAACAAGCGGACAACCCGCAAGCUCCGCGGCUGGGAGCAGCGCCCCAGCGACUCACCUGUGCUCCUUGCUUCCCCGCCCCUGUCCGCGGCGCGCACGGCCUUUCUCGCAGCCGUCGCGCUGGCCCUCGUCGCCUCCUGCGCGUACCUCCCCUGGCAUGCCAACGUCCGCGCAGCCCACGCCGGCGCGCCGUCAGGAGAGCGCACGAACCUCGCCGCAAUCAGCGUCCCCGCUUUCAGCACAUACCGCGCGCUGCAGAGCGCAGCGUCGGCGCGCGACAUGCUGCAGACGACGUCGACGGCGCGCACGCGCGUGCACAUGGACGUGCAUCUCGACUCCACGGCCCUCGGUUCCGACCUGUCGAUCUAUCUUCGCGUUCCAGUGCAACUGUCGUACUUCGAGGCCCUGCGGACGCCGGACGCGUUCCCGUCGCUGCUCUUCGACGACAUCGUCGUCACGGACGUCACGGCGCGGCGCCGCCGGGGGCUCUUCCAGACCGCCGCGCAGCCAGGGAACGAGGUGGUCGACCUGAAGGCGCGGGCGACGAUCCUCGCGCCGGAAAGCGUCACGGCUGCCGCCGCUGCCGCCAUCGUAGGCAACGCCACGCAGCGCGUCUCAACGCUGAUUGCCGCGAAAGGUCUCCCUCCCACGGCGUUCACGGGUCCGUGGCUCGACGGCCAGCGCCCCCCGACCUCGCCAACCCUCAUGCGGGCAGACGCAGCACAAACCACCACCACAGGCCCCUCCCCCGCGCCUCGCAAGGCGUCCAGCAUGCCCGACACCGGCGCCAUCGUCGCCCUCUGCGUCGGCGGCGCCGCGCUCGCGGGCUCCCUCGUCUACGCCGUCGUCCAGUACAGGACGUACGGCCGCCACGUCGUCGCCGACGCCCCGGCCGAGUUCGACCAGCCGGACGCGCCGGACGCCGAGCCGUCGUUCCAGCCGCCGCCGAGCGUCGAGAGCAGCGGCCUGCAGUCCCUCCGCCUGCGCGGCCCCCUCGGCAGCGAGCAGCCGUCGUCGCUGCCAACGCUAGGGGGGCACGGGGCGCCUGACCACGCCAACGGGCCGCCGAGCACGCCGCGGCUCAUCGUGGACAACCUGUACAACCAGAUCUCGCGCCACGCCGCGUCGGGGUCCGAGUGGGAUACCACCGGGAGCACUGCGUCCUCGCUUCAUGAGCACUCACGCGCUCGGGCUGUGGCGCCGGUCGCCGGCUGGCACAACGAGGUGCCGAACACCCCCGGGGGCCUAAAGGGGGACUCUUCGCCCAAGUCGGCCAGUGGCGCGUCCACCCCGCGAAUGCCGCCUAGGACACGCGUCGCGCCGGGCCGCGCGCUGGCCGAACUGGCCGCUGCGAGCCCGCCGCGGACGCUCAGUGACAUGUCAACAGCAACGCAGCAGGCCGCUCCGCCCCUGCCCGGCGCAUGCGUGUGA